AUGUUUAAGUUGAAUGUGGAUUAUGCCUGCCCAAUACCUCAUGCUUCCCCGACUGUUGGUAUUCUUUUGCGUGAUAGUGAUGGCUUGGUUGUUGUUAUUCGUGCUCUCCCUGUUCCUGAUUAUCGGGUGGCUAGAGUCGUGGAAGCGAUGACAAUUUGUCAUGGUGAUCAUAUGGUUGUGGAACUAGAUUUGUCGACUGUUGUUGUUGAGAGUGACUCGUUGAAUAUGGUUCGUCAACUGGAGAACUUUACUGAUGAUCAUUUUGUUCUUUGCUUUUACCUUGAGGAAGUUAAACAACUCCUUGAUUCUCAUCCUCAUGUUUCAGUCCGUUUUGUUCGUCGAGAGGCCAAUGGUGCAACCCAUGCACUUGUCAAUUAUAUUUCUACGACAAAUAUGUCGUUAUAUUUUCAGUAUAAUGUUCCAGAAUGUGUUUCUUCUGUAGUUAUGUCUGACAUUGCUUUUCGUUAA